UAAGUUAUUCAUUUAGUGUACUGUUGUCCAUGAAGGAGUGUUGUCUGAUAGUUCUCCCUAAAGUUAUAUCUAAUAUUUAAACCGAUUAAAAUGUUAUUUAUGGUUGUAACGUCACGUUUUCUAAUUAUGGCUUAAUAUUAUAAAAUUGUUUAUUAGCCCUCAAAUACAUGUCAUAUGUAAUGCCAUUAUGAUGGCUGUUGGACUAACCGUGCUUGGAACUUUUCUCCUGAUCACUCAGCCAUGUUUAUCUAAUGUUUUUAAAUUUUUGGGACAGUCCUAUCGUGAAAACUUAAUUCGAUUUCAUGAAGACGCACAAUUUGGAAACAAAUUAAUCCUAAAAGAAUACGAUUUUAUAGUAGUCGGAGCAGGAGCUGCAGGAGCGACGGUUGCGCGAAGAUUAGCUGAAGUACCAGAAUGGAACAUACUACUUCUGGAAGCUGGCGGAGAAGAAUCAUUGAUAACUUCUAUUCCAGCCAUUGCUCACUACUUACAAUUUACAAAUUACAAUUGGGGAUACCACACAGAAAAAGAAUUGCAUGCUUGUAAAGGGCUUAUAAACCAAAAAUGUCCUUGGCCAGCAGGAAAAGGACUUGGGGGAAGUACGAUAAUCAAUAAUAAUAUGUACACAAGAGGUAAUAUAAAAGACUUUGAUCGUUGGGCCCAAUUCGGAAACGAAGGGUGGUCCUAUGUGGAUGUACUACCAUAUUUUUUAAAAAACGAAGAUAUAAACGUACCGGAUUUAAAACAAUCGCCCUACCACGGAGUUGGAGGACCCCUGCCAAUUAGUUAUCCCUCGUUCAAAUCAAAACUAGUGGAUGCAUUCCUGGAUUCAGCACCCGAAGUAGGUAUGCGAGUUGGUGACUAUAAUGCACCGGGCAGCCACGUAGUGUUUUCGAGAAUUCAGAGCACGACGUUUGGCGGUAGUCGGGUUACAUCUGCGACAGCGUAUCUUCAAGAAAAUUUAAAAAAUCUACACAUACUUGAAUUCGGGUAUGUAACAAAAAUAUUAAUAGACGAAAAAACAAACACUGCGUAUGGAGUUGAGUUCGUGAAGAACAGAAAGAAACGAAGAGUGAUUUCGAAAAAAGAAGUCAUUGUAUCGGCAGGGACGUUUAACUCAGCAAAGUUGUUGAUGCUAUCCGGGAUUGGACCCAAAGAACAUUUGGAAUCCUUAGGAAUAAAAACCAUACGUGAUUUGCGAGUGGGAGACAAUCUACAGGAACAUCCUGCGUUCGCCGGGUUAAAUUUUGUUAUCAACGAGACCAUAUCAUUCGUUCCAGACCGGGUGUACCGUAACUUUAUCGGUGAAAUGAUUAAAAUAUCUCAGAAAAAAAGUUGGAUGAUGGUUUUGCCACCCGAAGGAGUCGGAUACGUGAAAACCAAAUACAACACAAAUGCGGGAGACGUGCCCGACAUAGAGUACAUAUUCCUACCUUGUAGUAUCGCGGGAGAAAGUGGCUUGGGUGGCAGUAUAGGACGAAGAUCGAUGGGCAUACCUGAUAGGUUGUAUUACGAGAUGUACAACGGGUCUCUAGCCAAAGACUCGUGGUCAAUUUGGCCGAUGUUGAUGUACCCAGAGAGCAGAGGACAGGUUCGUCUGCGCAGCGCCAAUCCGUUCGACAAGCCCGUGAUCAACGGGAAUUUCUUCGCGGACCCGAUGGACCUGAACCGGAUCGUUGAAGGCAUCAAGAUGGCGAUUGAGCUCAGCAAAACUAAGGCAUUCCAGAAGUACGGGUCCCGGCUGCACCAGAACCCGAUGCCGGGAUGCCAGCACUUGGAAUUCGGUUCCGACCGGUACUGGGAGUGUUGCGUGCAGACGAUGACCAUGCAGAUGCACCAUCAGAGCGGCACGUGCAAAAUGGGGCCGGCGUGGGAUCGCAACGCCGUGGUCGACCCUCAGCUGAAGGUUUACGGCGUGAACGGACUGCGCGUGAUCGACUGCUCGAUCAUGCCCACGAUCACGGGCGGUCACACGGUCGCGCCCGCGUACAUGAUCGGCGAGAAAGGCGCCGAUCUCGUCAAGUCGUCCUGGCCCACGGGCAACAACGGUACGCUGUGAAGACGCACUGUCUUCGCCGGCGAAUGUUUCCGUCUGAACGGAUUCCGUUCGAGUAACAUAUCUUAUACCGUUUGUACCGUUUUACACAGUUUCUAUUUUUUAUACGUUAUGAAUUGUAUUUUCCCAUACUUUUAGAGAUAUUUCAAACUAAUUAUUAUUAUUCUUAUUAUUGAUACAGCUAUUAGUUUAGUAUCAUUAACUGACGUACAACUGUUAAUCGUACGGUUAUUAAUCGAUAGUUAUUGUUUUUAUCCCAGUCUUCUCCGGAAGAGUUUCCUCUAAAUAUAUUGUGCAAUAUUUCGUAUUUUUA